UUUAUUGUUUUACCACACAGAGAAAAUAAAAGAGAAAUCACAAUAAAAUAGAAUAGAAUUACGUAUCACACAGUGACACCAUCAUCACCCUUUCUGCGGUGAGCCCAAUCCAGACCACAGGGGACAGAUUCUGCAUCCUUCGGGACUCAGGCAGGGAGCUCUCAGCCUCUCUUAUUUCUCUCCAGAGCCCAGCGUGUGACCGCCCCGGUGAAGACGGGAGCCCAUGGCAACCCUCUUGGCGGCAGCCCGCAUCUCCCGGCCCCUGGCCCGGCUGGCCCUCAAGGGCCCCCACCUCAAGGAUGGCACCCUCGGCUUGCGGCCCCUUCCGGAGUUCUGGUUCUCCGUCUCGGGCGCAACGAGUGGCCGGCGCUCCUACACCACCGAAGUGUCCGAGAUUGGCGAGCGGGCGGUUCUCAUCACCGGCUGCGAUUCAGGCUUUGGCUUUGCCCUGGCCAAGCACCUGCAUGAGAAGGGCUUCAUCAUUUAUGCUGGCUGCCUGCUGAAGGAGCAAGGCCGGGGGGGCUCCAAGGACUUGGACGACAUGAAGAGCGACCGCAUGCGGACAGUGCAGCUGAAUGUCUGUGACAGCGAGGAAGUGUCUCGGGCCGUGGACUUCAUGACGUCGACCUUGAGAGGCCCAGAGACAGGUCUCUGGGGGCUCGUCAACAACGCCGGCGUCUCCACCUUUGGGGAGGUGGAAUUCACCAGCAUGGACACCUACAAGGAGGUGGCAGAAGUGAACCUGUGGGGCACGAUCCGCACCACCAAGGCCUUCCUGCCCCUCAUCCGCCGAGCCAAAGGCCGCGUGGUCAACAUCAGCAGCAUGAUGGGACGCAUGGCCAACCCGGCCCGCUCCCCCUACUGCAUCACCAAAUUUGGGGUGGAGGCCUUUUCCGACUGCCUGCGCUACGAGAUGCGCCCUCACGACGUGAAGGUCUGCAUCGUGGAGCCCGGGAACUUCAUUGCCGGCACCAGCCUGUACAGCCCCGAGCGCAUCAAGAGCAUCGCGGACAAGAUGUGGGACGAGCUGCCCGAGAUUGUGCGCCGUGACUACGGGCGCAAGUACUUCGACGAGCAGGUGGCCAAGAUGCAGUCGUACUGCAACAGCGGCUCCACCGACACCUCGCCCGUCAUCGACAGCAUCACCCACGCCCUGACCUCCACCACGCCCUACACCCGCUACCACCCCAUGGACUACUACUGGUGGCUGCGCAUGCAGGUCAUGACCCACAUGCCGGCGGCCAUCUCAGACCGCCUCUACAUCUACUGAGGGGGGGUAGGGUUGGGGGGCUGGGGGUCCCUCCACUCCUGCCGCCUAGACCGUCCCCAGGAAGGGAGACCCACGGUUUGGGUCACCAGGCUGUACAGAGUUCCCCCGUAGUCUCUUGGUUAGUCCGUAUCGGAGUACUGUACCUGCUUUAGGCUCUGUGCGUUGUUAAUUUAAGCCUUCUGGGGCCCUCAUUUGCCCCCACCCACCCCACUCCGGUUGCCUGGCGUGUCUCGGCCACGUCCUUUGGAGGGACCCAGCACUCCGUGCUAUUUAUUCCAGGGGUCCCGACUCUUCAAGGCAGGAUGGCCUUCGCGGCGGCUCUGAAGCAUCGGGACCCUUGGCAUCCUCGUGUCUGGAAGACUGUUACUCAGAGGGCAUCCCCCCCCCACCCUACCCCACCCCACGGGGCCCCUCUUGGCUGCCUGAAACUCCCUCCAUCCCCUGGAAGGUUGCUGCCGGCGCGGCCUGCCUUUCGCACACUCCGAAGCCCUUCUGGCAGCCCCGCUUUCUCCCUCGCAGGCAGGCAGGCAGGUGCCGGCAGCGGCCCUCCCAGGCUUCUUCCUGGGGCAGCCACAUGAGGGAACGAUCCGUUCUGGCUCCCUGCAUUGGCCCCACCUCCCGUUCCUUGGCUUUGCACUGGAGGAGGAGGAGGAGGAGGAAGAGGGGAGCCCCCCGCCCAGGAAACCCCAAUUCCUUACCCUGGUCCCUCAGAAGGAAGGAUGGGUUGCUUCCCCUUGUAGCUGGACGAUAGGUGGGGCAGGGGGUGGUUCCUGCUCCCCACACUAACCCCCAAUGUCAGCUGAUCCCCCCCAGGCCAGCCCGCCGUGGUGCUUGGGGGUGCCACCGUCAUAAAUCACGCACACCAGGGUUGUGGGCCUUGUGGGGUCUUCCCCAGGGCCUCUUGCAGGGGGGUGUGUGUGUGGCAAAUUCAGCAAGGCUGAGGGGCAGGAUCAGACCUUAUCAGGACAGCUGAGUCCUCAUCUCGCUUGCCCACAGAGUGUUCUUUUGUACCAAAAGGCCUCUCUCUCUCUCACACACACACACACAAACACAGGGAGAUAUGUUUGUGUUGCUCCCAAGGCUGGCCAGAGGUCUUGGGGCGCUGGUGGUGUCUGCUUUGGAAGGGCAGGGAUUGGGGCCAGGAAGGGGGGGGUGAUGGCUCCGCUCACGCCUGGAAUGGCGCUGGUGUAACACAAAUUAACCAAGGGAGGGAUUUGUGAUCGAAUGUUCUCUGUCUUGAAUAACAUUAAAUGGCAGUGACGAAA